UGUAUUCCCCGCGGGUGAACCAGAAAGCAGAAAAGAAACUAUCAGAAAACAGAACGCAGGCAUCGGAAUCUAACGAGGGAAGCGAGUGAAUUAUGGAAGACGAAGGAAGCCAUGAACGUGAAGGGUCAUUGGCAGCACCUCUCAUAUUUCUGAUCGUUGCUUCUUUUCAAUUUGCAUACUAUUGCCUCGAUCAGGUUGCCAAGAGUGGAUCUGAUAGAGAAAAAGAAGCUCAGUUGCGUGGAGAAAUAAAACGACUUUUGAAGGAGGCAAGUUUAAUGUCGCAGCCAUCAACAUUUGCACAAGCAGCAAAACUCAAAAGGAUGGCAACUGCCAAGGAGAAGGAACUUUCAAAGUACCGAAAUUCAAGUCACAAAGAUUAUGCUGUAUAUUCAAAAGUGGUGCUCGUAUUUAAGUAUUUAACAUAUGCAUUGCUGCUUAUCUGGUUUUGGCGUGUUCCUGUGGCUAGCGUACAUCGGCAACUUGUGCAACCAUUUGGGAGCUGGUUAUCUUGGAAGUCCGGAGGAGUUCAAAGUAACAGUGUCCCGGUUGGGAUAAUAUCGUGGUUAGUAGUAUCCGCUAGAGUUUGCAGAUUUGUCCGUCGAGCUUAUAGCAAAUAAAGAAUACCUUUUUGGAUCCCUUUUAAAGUGUUUUCACUUAAAAGUAAAAGAACCAUGAGCUGCUUCAAAUCUUGGUUUUGAAGUAGAAUGAAGAUGUUUGCGUUAAAUAGAUGUCACAAUUGUAAGAAAUUUGGUUUUGUAUUUCUCUUCCCAGUCUGCUGGAUCAUUGACUUGGUUGUAAGUAGCUUGUAGGUUUUUCAGUCUGUUUUAGUGUAUAGAUGUUCACUCCGAUUGGAAUGUGUUUGUAAUCCUUUAUUCAUACAUAUAUAAUAAUAC